AUGGCCGACCAAUUCAAAGCCCGUACGUUGAAGCGGAAAAAUGUCAAGGGCCUCGCCUUGAACGCGACUCCGAAACCCGUCUCCAACCCCUCCGACGGUGAUGCCCAGAUUCCCGGAGCUAUCGGCAAUCUGGACGGUAACCGCACCGACACGCUUGAAAUCGGCUUGGAGUUUCGUCUCGACCUGCGCAGUGAGGAUCUGAUCACGCUGAAGGAGCUGGGCGCGGGCAAUGGAGGGACAGUCUCUAAGGUUAUGCAUGCCUCCACCAAGGUGGUCAUGGCCCGAAAGAUAAUCCGCGUCGAUGCCAAAGAGAAUGUGCGAAAGCAGAUUCUGCGAGAAUUGCAGGUUGGUCACGAUUGCAACUCGCCCAACAUCGUGACCUUCUACGGGGCCUUCCAGAAUGAAGCCAGAGAUAUUGUCCUGUGCAUGGAAUACAUGGACUGCGGCUCUCUUGACCGCAUAUCCAAGGAUUUUGGUCCUGUGCGAGUCGACGUCCUAGGCAAAAUCACCGAAUCGGUCCUGGCGGGGUUGGUCUACCUCUACGAAACCCACCGCAUCAUGCAUCGCGAUAUCAAGCCUUCCAACAUUCUCGUCAACUCGCGCGGUAACAUCAAACUCUGCGACUUUGGUGUCGCAACCGAGACCGUCAACUCCAUCGCCGACACCUUCGUGGGAACGUCGACGUAUAUGGCCCCGGAGCGUAUCCAAGGCGGUGCCUACACUGUGCGCUCGGACGUGUGGAGCGUGGGCUUGACGGUCAUGGAGCUCGCCGUGGGUCGGUUCCCCUUUGACACGUCCGACUCGUCCGCCGGAGACCGUGCGAGCGCCGGCCCCAUGGGUAUCCUGGACCUGCUGCAACAGAUUGUCCACGAGCCCGCCCCGAAGUUGCCCAAGAGCGAUGCGUUCCCUCCAAUACUGCAUGAAUUUGUGGCCAAGUGCCUUCUCAAGAAGCCCGAGGAGCGGCCUACUCCUCGUGAACUAUAUGACAAAGAUGCGUUCCUCCAGGCCGCCAAACGGACACCCGUCGACCUCCAAGAAUGGGCUAUCAGCAUGAUGGACCGCCAUAACCGCAAAUCGUACCUGGCCCCGCCGCCACCCAAGUCCCUGAAGGAAGAAUCCUCGCAUCCCAAGCCCCCUCCGAAGCCGGCCGCGAGCAAACCAUCUCGCAGCCCGCAGCAUUACACCCCGACCUCCGGCGAGAUCCCCGUGAACAUCGCCAGCGACGUCUCCUCCCACCAACGGCACUACCACAUCCCCUCGAACCCCUCCCCGCGCCCCUCUUACCAGACCCGCUCCCCACUCUCCAUCUCGCUCGAGCAUCUGUCUCUGGAAACGCGGGAAGACGAGUACCGCCAGGGACGCCGGCCCUCGCGCAACCACCACGCGGACCCGGCAUCCGCUCUCGAAGCCCCGCGCCCGUCCAUGGCAUCGCGCUCCGCCAGCUCCCACAACACCAAAUCCCGCAUGCCGCUGCAGUCGUCCGCCUUGCCGAUUCGCGCGCCGCCCCCGAGCGGACCGCCGCCUCCGCCGCCGGUGCAGAGAAGACUGUGA